AACGUAAUCCCGCGUCCGAAAGAACUUCGGCGGAGAGCCUUCUCCCGAGGGCGCCGCCGCCUCGGCUGCUAGGACGGGAGGCCAAGACGUUUGAAAGGGCCAAGGUAAAAGCGAGUAGAAGUUCGCAGCAAAGCUUUGUUGGCGGAGAGCUGUGGCGAGCGAAGAAUGACGAGAAGAUUAAUUUUGGCCAACUCUGGGAUUACUUUGACUAGGUCUUCAGCAGGGACCGGGACGAUUCGCGUCCGGUGGCUGUGCAUUUCUGGGGACGCCUAGGGAAAAACAUGACCAACAGAAAUGUUUAUUUUGAAAAUCGAGUAUCGAGGAGUUUCUUCUGCUUAGAAGCAUCACCGGAGGACUGCUUAAAGAAAACGGAAAACUGUCCUUUAUAGCGUUGAGCAGGGGAUUUUAGAUUUUUUCGCAGGAAUUUUGAGAGAUUUUUUACAAUAGAGCUGGGGAAAAGGACUCUGAAGGUUAGAGUUGGAAUGUCAGGAAAGAACAAAAGACCGGCAAUGUCUCCGUGUUAAAAGGUGGUUCGAGAAGAAUCCCAGAAGCUUUUGUUGUCAAGAAAGUCAUAGAAACAACUUUAAAAGUACAAAACUGUCAGCUAUUAAAAUUAGCAGAGUACGGAAAGACAUGUACAAUGACACAUUAAAUGGCAGUACAGAGAAAAGGAGUGCAGAAUUGCCUGAUGCUGUGGGACCUAUUGUUCAGUUACAAGAGAAACUUUAUGUGCCUGUAAAAGAAUACCCAGAUUUUAAUUUCGUUGGGAGAAUCCUUGGACCUAGAGGACUUACUGCGAAACAGCUUGAAGCAGAAACAGGAUGUAAGAUAAUGGUCCGAGGCAAAGGCUCAAUGAGGGAUAAAAAGAAGGAGGAGCAAAAUCGAGGCAAGCCUAAUUGGGAGCAUCUCAAUGAAGAUUUACAUGUACUGAUCACUGUGGAAGAUGCUCAAAACAGAGCCGAGAUCAAACUGAAGAGAGCUGUUGAGGAGGUGAAGAAAUUACUGGUACCUGCAGCGGAGGGAGAAGACAGCCUGAAGAAGAUGCAGCUGAUGGAGCUUGCAAUUCUCAAUGGCACCUACAGAGAUGCCAACAUUAAAUCACCAGCCCUUGCCUUUUCUCUUGCAGCCACAGCCCAGGCCGCUCCAAGGGUUAUCACGGGGCCUGCGCCCGUUCUCCCGCCAGCUGCCCUGCGCACCCCUACGCCAGCUGGCCCUACCAUAAUGCCUUUGAUCAGACAGAUACAGACCGCUGUCAUGCCAAACGGAACUCCUCACCCAGCUGCUGCGAUAGUCCCUCCAGGGCCUGAAGCUGGUUUAAUCUACACGCCCUAUGAAUACCCCUACACGUUGGCGCCAGCUACAUCGAUCCUUGAGUAUCCUAUUGAACCUAGCGGUGUAUUAGGUGCGGUGGCUACUAAAGUUCGAAGGCACGAUAUGCGUGUCCAUCCUUACCAAAGGAUUGUGACCGCAGACCGAGCCGCCACCGGCAACUAACCUAUGACCUUCUGACCUCUGAACUCUUCACCCAAUGAUGACCUGACCAUGCCUGCCUGCUGAUCAGUUAACUGGUAAUCGCCUUUGCUUGCCUGUCGUCAGUGCAGCGAGCUGAGGCACUUGUCCGUUCGUCUUACCAUCUAACCAAACAAAAGACAAAGAAAUUGUCCUCCAACUCAGCUUUUGUUUUUUUUUUUGUUUUUUGUUUUUUUCUUUUUUUCUGUUUGGGUGAAAGUGGUUCUAGAACCUGCACUGAAUAGUAGUAAAGCAAUAAGGCCCCAUUCUUCCCACAGCACUGAUCAUCUUUUAAUGUCCCACCCUAAGCGAACGGUAAGAAGGCCUCACUUCAGAAGGGGAGACAGAUGGCCCUUAACUACUCAGUGACAGAGGCAGUUACUGUGAGAGACUUCUAGGAAUCUCUUCUUCUCAUAGCGAGUCAAAGCUCUCUGAAUGUACUGUGUGAUGAUGCAUCAUGCAUGAACCUUUGGUCAGGGAUGUCAUUGGUGAAGUGAUUUCAAAAAGUAUUCAAAAUUUGAUAUGCUGUUUAGUCACUACAGUGCCCUCAAAGGGCAGAAGUUGCAGCCUUUUUUAUAUUGCCUGCCAAAAUUUGAAGUAUUAGAAGUGUGCCAUGAGAGAAAAACUUAAGGAAUUUUGAAAAGUAAUGCAAAGAACAAAACUGCAACACUAUUUUUAAAAAGAUAAACAUCUGAAUUAAAAUUACUGAACCUUUAUUUUACACCUCCUUUAAAAAAUAUACGAGAACAAGGUACAUGCAUUAUGUGUCACAUUACUGGGCAAACUGUUCAAAUAUUUUUUUUAAACCUCCCUGUAUAGAAAAAAAUCAUUAAGGAUGUAAAAGCCAUGCUUGCCUAUUUGCUGUAUACAUGUAAUGAAAUUGUAGAUAAAGUGUAGUGCAUUGAAACAAAUGAACAAAAAGUAGAUACUUUUACUAUACAAGGGUGCUGGUGCAGAAAAAAUAUAUAUAUUUUUGGAAAUGUAGCAUUUUAUACUUUCAAGUGUUAUAAAAAAAAAAAAAGAACAAAGAAACCCUUUAUUUCAUGAAAUGAUUUUUUCUGGUGGUUGUCAAGAAACAAAAGACCAAAAGAGCCUUUCUGUCUUUUUUUUAUUUUUUAAGUAUUGGAAUAAGUCUAAAGAAAAGAAAGUGCCUUAUUUUCCUUCAUGGUCAUUUAGUCAACUGUCUUGUAAGAUCAGCUCCUCCCUCAGAAUACAAGUUAAUGCAUGUUACUCAGUCGCCCAGUAUGUGAAAGAGGAUGUGAGGGGAGACAAAUGAGUUGAUGGUUUGAAUUAUAUGAUUUUUGCCACAUUACCUUGACAUAAAUUUGCCAAAUCUGAUACUGUGAAAAAAUUUGAUAACUUUUCUAAUGCCUAGCAAGUAAGUUUUAAAACAUUCUUUUAAAAUCAUAAUUGAGUGCUUUUGGUUAUUGUGAUAUUUAAUGUUAGUCCAAAGGAUUCUGAAAUAAAAAUUAUGUGUGAUCUGAACACCACUUUACAGACAAAAUUGGAGCUCUAUUUUGUUAGGGGGGAGGGGUAUUGGAUUUUGUAUUAAUUGGAGGUAAUAAUAGUAUAUUAGCAACCUUUUUCACAAAAACGAAUCUUUGUGCUUUUCAUUCUGGAAAACAAGGUUUUUAAAUGAACCAAAUUUAAUCAGACUUGUUUCUGCCAUACCAGAUCACUUGGGUAGUCCAUCUCUGCUGGUUUUAGUAACCUAAGCCAACAAACACCCCCUUUUUAACUUUAAAAGAAUGUGAAAAACUAGCAUCAUUGUGCAUAUAAUACUCAACUACAUGUGAGUUUAAACUUCCAAUUUCUUAUGAAGUUCAGUUUUGUAGUUGAAGCGAUUUGUGCACAAAGCCUACAUCUAAACUCUUAAGUAAUCAUUAACUGCUCAGUACCAGACGUGGCAAAUAUCAAGUGGCGGUGGCUCCCCAGCUCGUCAGCUCCUUCCCUCUUACAUACCUUCACAGCUUCACAGUCAAAGGUCAGCAGUAAGCUCAGUAAGCACCUUUGUGGUGACCUCCUCCAUCAUCUUGUCUCACUUGGAAACCGUUUUCAGUUUAUUUACUAUGCAAUAGACAUUCAUUGUUCUGUAUUCAGCUAGCUUUAGUUUAACAUGCCACUGCUUUGUCUUUCUGUUACACAUACAGUUGUUUUGAUUUAUUUACAAUAUAUGCUGUGCCAUUUUGAUUUUUGUUUGGUUGGUUGAAUAAAUUUGCGACACUCAAACACUUGAGGUGAUAGUUUAAAAACGAUACCAGUAUUGGAUCUAGUUUCAUCUCAACUAUGUUAUACCUGGACAUUAUAGAUGUUUAUCAAAGGUCUUUUAUGGGGAAGAAAGUAAAUGUAUGAAAUAAAUGUGUGACAUUUAUGAGUAAUGUUGGCUCUGAACAAACGUUUGAAAACUUAGUUGACAAAAUUUUGGAUCAACUGAAAAAAAGCAUGACUUUUGAAAUCUCUGAAUGCCUUGGUUCUCAGUAUUAUUCUUUAUUGAAUUUAUUUCUUAUUAAAAUAUGUAGUUUUUAAGACUUUUUUUUCUGACAGUAUUAUGUAAUUUUUUAGUGCGGGUAGAUGGGAGUGUCGCUUGUAUGUUACCGUACAGCUGACAUGUAUUUUUGUCUAUUCUUUAUUAUCUCAGUAGUUUCAUGCUAUCUAUGUAUCAUAACCAACCUAUUGCCUAUGAGAAACAUGUAAGAUAAUGUAUUUACAGCCAUUGUUACAAGUUUAUAAUGUAUUUUUCUAUCUUGUUUUAUAUGUAUGUUAUAUAACAUUCAAAAAGAAUUUUUUUCUUGAUUGAGAAAAGGAUACAAAAUGCAAAAUCCACAAUUUUGAUAACUGAAAAUUGCCAAUUGUUUUGCAGUACUUUAUUAUAUUGGGUGUCUUGUCUUUCUUGGGCUUUUAGUUAGCUAAUGAAUGAAUACAUUAGACACUUUUGGGUUUUAGUUGGGAUUUUACAUAGCUUGCAUUUUAAUUCUUUGGUUCUUUGCUGUUUCUAUUAACCCAUAGCAUUAUUUUAAUAAAUGUUAUAAUACCAACCUACUAACUCUGGACUAUGUCUGUUUAUUAACCUUUACGUGUUUAAUUAAAAUAAACAAAUAAAGACAAAGGAAUGUAAAGUCUUGAAUUCCUGGACUAACCCUGAAGAACGUGACCACCGAUAACAUAGCGUGACUUGUUUUUAUGUUUGUUGUUUGUCAGCUGACAAUUCCGCACACUACUGUUAAAAUGGCUUUGGUUAUUCUGGGCUUUUACUUCGGAGCGGGGGGGGGGGGGGGGGGGGUGCGGCGGUAAGGUAGGUGCCAGUAGAGAUGGGAACAAAGUAGUGUUGGUUUGAGGCGUUCUUCUAGUCUUGCCACUUGCCUUUCAACCUCUGCAUUACUAAUUCCACAAUUUCUUAUUUUUCCUUCUCCAAAAUAAUCACUGUCUGCUCACAGCAUAAAGAGUAAAGAGAUUCAUCAUAAUGAUACACCCGAGAAACCAGUUUGAUUCUUUGUUGAACCAUUUUUUGAAAUUUCUAUAAGUAGAUAAUUUUAUGGUCACAUAAAGCAAAGAAUCUGAUGUCUUACCUUUAUUCAGAUUUGUGUUUUAAUUGGACAUUUUUCCUUUAUAAAGAAGUUCUGAACUGUUUUAGCCAGCUGCUCCUGUUAGAGGGGCUAAACACAGGUAAAGCCAAAGGUAGAGUGGCUCUGUGUCUCAGGGCAGUCCGGGGUAAGCCGUUCACAACAACCACAAACCCGCCUCUCCUCGUGGAACCCUCAGCAAGAGAGAGACCAAACAGCGCCACGCAGCUCUAUGUCUCACCCUGUUUGUUACAAAAUACAGUCAGGAUACAUUAAGAAGUUUAAGGGAGAAGUGUAAUAGCAUUUGCAAAGUUCUAUAUAUCGUGGCUUGCAUGCAGGCCAAUUUAAGAAGAUCUAUUAAAUAUCUUCAUGCUUUUCUUGGCUGCAACCUAGGUAAAUUGACCUCUACUUAUCAAUUCUUUAGUUUAACUCUUGAGGUGCAUUUUUAUUUCACAGAUACUGGUAUUUCCUUUUCUGUGAAAUAGUUCUCCUGGAUAAUAAAAAUUCUCAGGAUGAAUUUUUGCAUUUGUAAAUAAUGCCUAUUUUUGUAAAUUACAUGUUAUUUAUUUUAAAGUUCUAAAAUUUGGGGCUAAAGUGAGUCACAUGUUACAGAAGACAUAACACCAAUAUGCUAUUAACCAAUCAAAGUACUACCAUAGUAUAUAUACAUACAUGAAAUACAUAGACUAGUGAGAGCAUCUGAUUUAAUCAUAAUUGAGAUGGUUCUUUGGAUCAAACAAAUAUAUUGUUUCUCCAGUGUGUGUGUGGGGGGGGCAAUGCAUUAUUAUUAGGUAGAGCUUUACUAUGCUACUCUGUGAAAGUUCACAUUGCCAUACAGCUAAUAUAUAUACUGUAAAAACCUGAAGAUGUCAUUCAAGCUGCUAAUAUACAAGUCAUCAUGGCACCAUGUCACUGAAAUUGAUGAAGAAUUUCUAUACAAUUUAUUCCACGUUUUAUGAAGCCUGUGAAUGCAGUCUCAUCUCAUUUUCAGUUGAGUACUACUUUUAUGUAUAAUUAUGUCAUAUUGCCACCCUUUAUGUUGUAAAAGUCCAUUUUUAAAAGACAAAAAUAACAUUACAAAGCCCACUUUUAUACAGGCUGUAAUACUAUAAAACAUGGAUUCACCAAAUUGUUAGAAUGAUAAAAUGCCAGAGGCAGUUUAUUGUUUUAUGCUACUAGCACUUGACAAAGCAAUCGAAAGUUAAGCUUUCAGUCGAGCAGUUGGUGAAAUUAAUGUACUUAGUAGUCAAGCAUGUUUUUCUUAGGAAAAAUGUAGCAUGAAAGUCGAUAUUCACAUACACCUACUCUGUAGGGUAGAGUCCACCUAGAAGGGCAGUUGAAGCACCCUGUCCAUAAAGCCAAGAUGUGCAUGUGUUUACACAAGAUAGGAGGUGGUUCAGUUUCUAAAAUACUGGAUAAAUAUGAAGGAUCUAAAUUUUCUAGUACACCAAAAGCAGACAACAGGUUUAAACUGCUCAUUACCAAAUCAAUUUUUUUUUACCAGCUAAGUCUAACACUUUUAUAAAUGACAGUCUAAGGCUCCUCCAGUUUGGGGGGAGGGGGAGGGGUUUGUUUGUGUGUUUGGAAUAAGAUGUCUGUCAUUCCUUGAUAACAAUUAGCAAUUGUAGUAUUUCCAGCAAGUGAUUUUUAGUAGAAAGAAAUGUAUUGCUAAAUUACAAUCCAUUAUUUAAUAGCAGAAAUCACCCAGAAAACUUUUUGGACUCAAACUUUCUAAGUACAUAAGGUAAUUUUUAAACAUUGUCACAAGUUUCUUAAUACCUUUAUUUAAAAUGGAAAAAUAAUUCAUAUUAUAGACAAUGUUACUUUUAGAAAUAUUCAUUUGGUACACACAUGUAAUUUUAUCUGUGGUUCCUUUUAACAUAAUAUUAUCUAAGUUGAACUGCCUUUGCUAUGAAGAGAUGUAACAAAAUUAUAUGCCUACCUGGUACUCAAUGCUGAAUCAAACUGGUUCACCUAAGCGUAGUACUCUCCUUUCUGUGUUUCUGCUGCACUAAUUGCAGGGGGUGGGAGAGAAGGAGGAAGAAUUAAUUCUCAGGAGAAGUGGUUGGUAGGUGCAGCAGAUAGCAACACAACGUGGAUUUCUCAUUGCUUACAGUUUUGCUGUCCCUUCGUGGCAAAAGACACCACAUUGUGGGAAAAAGCACAGCUCCCAUGGUAAAAAAUUUAUACCUUUUUAAAACAUGCUAUUAUCGAUGAAUUUUGAUUACCAAAUACAUCUUUUGUGGUUUAUAUUGUAGUGGUGUGUAUAAAACACUUAGAAUUUUAUUUGUGGAAAUUGUACAUCGAAAAGUUGAAAUAGGUCUUCCCCAAUCCUAUGUGAAUGGAGAACCACGUUAAGACUACAUGACGUGCGAUAAACCAACUGGAACGAGUGCGUGCGCUUCCUCCUGUCAAGCCGGCUGCAGCUGACGAUGCUGCUGGUGCCUCCCCCCAAAAAAACCCCUCACACCACACGUAUAAAUAUCAGAAUAAAGAAUGUACAUUUUGCUUCCAA